AUGGCGACCCAAAAGGUACUCGCAUUCGACCUGUAUGGGACUCUGCUCUCCACCGAGUCCAUAGCCAAGAAACUCGAGGCGCACUUCCCCGCAAAGGCGCAGUCCAUCGCGACUCUCUGGCGCCGGUACCAGCUGGAGUACACCUGGCGCAUGAACAGCAUGGGAAUAUACUCGGCGUUCUCCGAGGUUACCCGAAGCUCCCUCCGACAUGCACUCGCAGAGCACGACGAGCACGACUCCCUCAGCAACGACGCCAUCGCCGCCCUAAUGGCCGCCUACGACGAGCUAUCGACAUUCGCCGACGUCGAGCCAACCCUGAACCGGUUAGCGAAGAGUCCGACCGUAAAGGCCGUCGUGUUUUCGAACGGCACGCAGGAAAUGGUGGCGCAUUCGGUGCGCCGUUCCCCUGACCUGUCACCCCACGCGUCGGUGUUUGCCGAUAUCAUCACGGUUGACGAGGUUAAACAGUACAAGCCCUCUCCGGAUGUUUAUUAUCAUUUGGCCAGGGAGGUGGGAAAGGAGGAUGAGCUGCAGGAUAUCUGGCUCGUCAGUGGGAACCCGUUUGAUGUGGUUGGCGCGAGGAGCGUGGGCAUGAAUGCGAUCUGGGUUGACCGGGGUGGACGAGGAUGGACUGAUGCAGCAGUUCCGGGUCUGUGCCCGACCGUUGCAGUUUCAAAUCUUGAAGACAUUGUUGGUCUGAUCGAUGCGUGA